AUGGAUUGUUCCUAUAAAAGUUAUGAUUAUCAUCCGAAGAGAUUAUUGGAAAUCGAAAAGACAAUGGUUGACGAUGGUUAUGUCCGAAUUCAAUUUUCCGAUGAAUAUCUGCCACAUGAUGAUGAUUUUCCAAGAAAUAUGGAGAAAUUCUUCAUAAAUAUCAUUGAAAAACUUAGUGGAAAAUGUUUAACUCACAAUGCAGAACAAAAUUCAUUUGUUUGGCAUGUUCAACCAAUGGAAACGGAUUCCAUUGAUGAAAAGAGACAUCUUGCUCGAUCUCAAACUGACGAUGAAUUCUCAUUUCAUACAGAUUGUUCAUAUGAAAUGAAUCCACCGGAAUACAUGGCACUAUUUGUUCUCGAACAGGAUCAACUUGGAGGAGGAAAAUUAGAAAUUAUUCAAUUGUCCGAUAUACUCAAAUCUUUGUCAAUGAAAACUCAAGAGAAAUUAUUGAAUGAAAACUUUCAGAUAAAUAUUCCGUUAGAAUUUCGUAAAUCAAUCGAUAUUGAUCAUAUCAGUGCACCGAUUUUAUUGGCUGAAGACAAAAUUCGAUAUCGAUAUGAUAUUUUAUCUGAGAAGAAUGGUGAAGAAUUAAAUGAAUUGAAUUUAAUUAUUCAACAAAUGAAACGAUUUCAACCAGAAUUGACGAAAUUUACAAUGAUUAUUUUGAAUAAUCAAAAGUUUCUUCAUGGAAGAACGAAAAUUCUCGAUCAUCGACGUCAUUUACUUCGCAUACGAUUCAAUCGAACAUGUCCAUAUGAUGUUCAUUCCGUUUAUGACAAAGACAAACUAUUGCCUGAAUAUUUAUCAUUCUCAAACGAUUUUUAUGAUUAUUUACAAUCUCAACAUGAAAUUUUAUAUAAAAUUUUGCUCUCAGUUGUUAAACAUUAUGAUCAACCGACAAAUUUAGGUGAAAAAAUUCGACAAACAUUUCAAUUUGACUUGAAAGUCGAUCAAAUCAUCAAACAAUUGAAUAACUAUCGACCAAAUUAUCAAAUUGGUUCUUAUCGACCUGAUUUGAUGUUUAGUCAAGGAAAUUUAUUUGAAAUCAAUAGCAAAUAUUCCUUUCAACCAAAAAUAUGCGAAAUUAAUGCAAGAUUUCCAUUCAAUGGAUAUUUUCUCUCAGCUGCUCUAUGUUCAACUGAUCGACAAAAUCGAUAUUCGCAGAAAUCUUCGAAAAUGAUUGAAACUAUAAUCGAAUCAGCAAAAUUUGAUUUGACAAAGCGAAUGUUUAUUGUGAAAUUACAAGAACAUGGUUAUGAUAUUCAUCUAUUUCAACAAUAUUGGACGAAUAAAUCAUCUCAACCAUGUUUAGUUGUCGAUCCGAAUGAUUUAAAAAUUAAAAAUGAGAAAUUAAUUGAUCAAAAAUCAAAUAUUUUCAUAGAACAAUGUAUUCUUGAAUUACAUCAAAAUGAAAUAUUAAAUUUAUCGGAUGAAAUUCUCCAAUAUUUCAUUGAGAACAAACAAAUCAAUUAUAUCAAUGAUUUGCGAACAAUUUUUCUUUUACAUGACAAACGUUUAUUUUCACUUUUAUCAAAUCAAUCAUUUCUUUAUGUUUUAUUGAACACACAAGUUGAAAAGUUCGUACAAUUCAUUCCAAAAACAUUCAUCAUUAACAAAUUACCCAAUUAUCUCAAAGAUUCGAUUGUUAACAACAAACAACAUUGGUGUAUUAAACCAAAUUCAGCUGGAAAAGGAGAAAAUAUCACUAUAGGUACUGAUGUAUCAAUUGAUGAAUGGUCGAGACAAUUAUUGAAUUCUAAUCAUAAUCAAUGGAUUAUUCAAGAAUAUAUCGAUUAUGUUCCAUAUAAAUCAAUGAAUCUAUGUGGAAUGUUAUUUUGUUUUAAUGAACAUUGUUUUAAUAUGGGAAUUAUUCGAAUGGCUCAGAAGAAAAUUGUAAAUAUCUCUCGUGGAGGUCAUUAUAUUCGUCCAUAUGUUCAUCAACAAUCAAUUCAUUCGAUGGAAAACGGAAAUAUUUUAACAAAAGAAAUUUUACAUGAACAAUUAAACAAAAUGAAACUCUUUGAUAAUCAAUGGAAUCGAUCAGUUUAUAUUUCAUCAUCUGGUGGAAGUGGAGGAAAACAAUUAUAUUUUUCAAGUGAUAUUCAACAAAAUCUUCUUCAACGACAAAUUCUUGUCAAGAUGAUGCUUGAUGAAGAGAUCAUUUCUGAUCGAGAUAUUUGUUUAAAUAUUUUUCAAACAGGUCAUGUUUAUCGAUCGUUGGAAAUUUUCAAUGAUUUUUGUACAAUGGCUAAUUGUACAUCGAUUCCAAUGGGUGGAAAUACAAGUGAUGAAGAUAUUUUAAAGAUAAUUGAAUAUUUUAAACCAAAUAUAAUUAUGGGUACACCACAUCGUCUAAUGCAAUUGGCAUUUUAUUUUGAAAAACAAGAAAAGAAAGAAAUUUAUUUUGAAAAAAUUUAUUUUGCUUGUGAAGCAAUCGAUAAAGUAAAACAAGAUUAUUUCAAACGAAUAUUUCAUUGUUCGACACUUCUUGGUUUCUAUGGUUCAGCUGAAACAGGUGUUUAUGCAUGUCAAUCACCAAAAUAUUCUUCAACAAAGAUUUAUCUUUAUCCAAAAGAAUUAGUUCAAAUUGAAAUUUUCAAUUCGAAAAUUAUUGUCACAAAUCUUAUUCGUAAACGUAAUCAAUUGUUUCGCUUUGAUUCCGGUGAUCUUGGACGAAUUCUUCCAACAGAUAUUAAUAGUAAAUAUGGUUUAAUUGAAGUGUUUCGUAGUCAAAGAUUGAUUAUGAUUGGUGAAGAUGCACUUUCUAAAUCAGAUAUUGAAGAAACAAUGAAACAAAUUGAUUUGAUUGAAUGGCAAUUAAUUAUUGAUUAUGUUUCAUCGUCGAAAACCGAUCAAAUCCUUCUUUUAUUUCGAUAUGUUAAAUCUGAAACAACUUCGAAUGAAAAUUCCGAAAUGAUUUUAAAGAAUUAUUUGCAAAAUUUUUUUGAUAAAAAAUUAACAAGUCUUUCGGAAAAUUUGAUUCUACAAUUUGAAUUAAUUCAAUUCAAUCAAUUAAUACGAAAUAAAACAUCAAAUAAAUUAUUGAAAAUUAUUGAUAAACGUUUCUAA